AUGAAGACCAUCGUGUUUGUCGGCGGCACCGGCGCCCAAGGGAGUGCCGUCAUCAAGGUUCUCUCUGCUACAAAUGAAUACAAAAUCCUCGCCUUGACACGUAGCACGACUUCAUCAGCCGCCAAGGAGAUUGGCCACCUUCCGAACGUCGAGCUUGUGGAAUCCAAGGCAACGUUCGGUUAUGACGUUGACCAAUACUACAAGGCAGCUCAACGAUCUGACUAUGCAUACAUCAACACCGAUGGUUUUGCUCUUGGGGAGCAAGCUGAGACAUACUGGGGAAUUCGACUUUUUGAGUUGUCUGUCAGGGCCGGCGUUAAACAUCUGAUUUGGAGUGGCCUCGAUUACAACGGAAAAAAGACUGGAUACGAUCCAAAGUUCUACGUCGGACAUUACGAAGGGAAAGCAAGAGUCACAGAAUGGAUGCGCUCUCAGCCGACCAAUCCGAUGGGUUGGACCGUCAUCAACUCUGGACCCUACAUUGAAAUGCUUUGGGAGCUCCUUAUCCCAGAAAGGAGCAAUGACGACGUGUACAGGUUCACGCUACCUUUGGCGCAAGGGGCUAUUCCAUUUGUCCACCUCGAGGACUUUGGACGCUAUGUGGCAUGGGUUUACUCCAACCGAGCCGAGGCGAACGGAAUGGUCCUGGGCAUUUCGAUUGCCCAUGUGUCAGGCGCAGACCUCGCCCGAGCCUUUACUGCUGCAACUGGCAACAGGGCUGAAUAUGUCGACGCGCCUGUUGCGGAGUACGUUGCGAAUCGCUGGAAGCACCUGCCAAAAGGUGCAAACACCAAGGUCGGAAUUACUUCUGUCAAAGACGAGAACGCCCUCCUGAUGACGUUUGGCGAGAACUUCACCAACUGGUGGAACCUAUACCGGCAUAGUGCAGGCAACAAAGGGGUGAUUCAGCGUGACUAUGCUUUGCUGGAUCGUAUUCUGCCCGGCAGGGUCAGAAGUGCUGAAGAGUGGAUGAAGAAAGUCGGGUAUGAUGCCACUAGGCGCACCAUCCUCAAGUCCGCAGACCGCACGCCUCCUCGAAUAGCUUCUAUCUGUACCUCAUACGAUGGUGGCAUGUUCACCCUCGGCUUCGUCAACGACGCGGAGCUGGUUCCAACCGAGGCUCCCCCGGUCGAGGUGGCCGCGGUCGUGGUGCUCCAAGUCAAGCCGGUCCAAGCCACACUAGCCCUGCUCAAGGCGGCCGCGGUCGAGGUACUCCAGGUCAGGCCGGUCCAAGCCAAACUGGCCUUGCACCAGGUGGCCGCGGUCGAGGCGCUCCAAGUCAAGCUGGCCCAAGUCAAGCCGGUCCAAGUCAAGCUGGCCCAAGUCAAGCCGGUCCAAGUCAAGCUGGCCCCAAUGCAGGGCCGCUGCCUGUAA